UUGGUUACUGUCGAAAAUCGAUUAGUCCAGAGAACUUCCUGUACCUUCUGCGCCUGCGGAAUCUUUCUUUCGCUAGCGAUAACCGAGCGUGAAUGUCGCUGUGGUAAACAAAAUAUAAAUCGCAGCCAUGGUGCGUAUGAACGUUCUUAGCGACGCGCUCAAGUCGAUCAACAAUGCCGAGAAACGUGGCAAGAGGCAAGUCCUGCUUCGCCCUUGUUCCAAAGUGAUCGUAAAAUUCCUCACAGUCAUGAUGAAGCAUGGCUACAUUGGUGAGUUUGAAAUUGUCGACGACCACCGCAGCGGAAAGGUGGUAGUGAACCUGACUGGUCGGUUAAAUAAAUGUGGUGUUAUCUCUCCAAGAUUUGACGUUGCCAUAACAGACAUUGAAAAAUGGACCAAUAAUUUACUACCAUCUCGUCAGUUUGGUUAUGUUGUCUUGACAACCAGUGGAGGUAUUAUGGAUCAUGAAGAAGCAAGAAGAAAACAUCUUGGAGGCAAAAUCCUAGGAUUCUUCUUCUAAUUUAAUUUUUUUGUACAACAACAGUAAAACGUGUCAAUAACAAUCAAUUGCUUAAUUGUACGAGAAACAAAACCGCAGAAUACAAACCAUGUGAGAAACCUUACCACCAACCAAUAAAUUUUGUUGAUACGAA